AUGUUACUUGUACACGUUGUGUUAAUACCAAUGCUUGGAUUACCAAUAGCCAUUCAGCGUUUGUAUGCAACAUUCACAAUAUAUUUAGUUAAAACACAAUUACAAUUAUCAAUUGAAAACGUUGCAUUUCAAUUACUUCUAUUAUUAGCUUUUAUAAGUAUGAGUAUACCAUUUUAUUUGUAUUUAUUAACUAAUACACUAUUUAGACAAACACUUAUAGGUCUAUUUCGUAAAUAUUUAAUGCAUCGAACAACUACAACACAGAUACAUGUUUCUGUAUUAAAUACAAAACAAAACGCUGCUGAAGAGACUAAAUGA